GGGGGGGGGGGGGGUCGUGAGAAUCGUGUACCCGAUCUGAAUCUCCCUCACCUCUUGGAUGGUGAGGUGAGGUAGGAAUGAUGUGCGAUAUGCGAACGUACAUAAAGCACCUACAACAUUCGACAUCAGUUGGACUAACUUCCGAACCCUGCUUGAACAUCAUCUCCAUCAACCCUUCGCUUCCUGCACAAUGUCAACGUCCACAUCCAUGAAAGAAAGCUGGGGUACGACUCAGACCAUCGUUCGUAUUGAACACCCCGAGAGGUACAGCGGACUUGAGAGAAUUAUGCUGGCGGCGCAGGGCGACCUUCAACGUCUUCUGAGUGCAUUUUUUGCCGAUAUCAUCAACGUAGAAGUCAUCUAUGCAACGAACACCCCACGAACAGCGCCAGCAUCUCCGUCAUCACCAAUCAUUCAAACACGUAAAGUUUUGCUGAAAUGCCGUUCCGUCGUCGUGUGUACCGCAACCUCCACCGUGACCCUCACUUCUCCUGAAUGCGAACGGCUCAUCUUGGAUGAAAAGUUUGCUAUUGGCCAGACAUUCAGGCAAAUGAAGCAGGUACCAACGUUUGCUUUGAAGAAUGUGGAUGUUGAACAGAGCCCUGAGGGAGAGGAAGAGCUGAGGCGGACAUAUACGCUCACGAGCAAGGGAAUUGAGUGCGAGAUUUUGGAGGUGUUUCCUUCGAGGGACAUGUUUGUGGACGGGGAGGAGUGGCUGAAAGAUCAGGGUCGUACGAGGCAAUGGAAACCAGAGUCUGAUACAUCUUCUGGAAGUAGUAGCGAUUGAACGUUUUGUCCACAAUGUAUGUAUAAAGUCAUGUGUAAUUGCGAUUGGUGUACAUAGUGUGUUUCGGUAAGACUCGGAUCGUGCCCCGU